AUGGGGGAAAUGAAUAAUUGCUAUAAUUAAUGUUAUACAAAUGAUACUUUUUAUAAUGUAACGUUAUGCGCUUUAAAAAACUCUUAUGGUUGUGGAGCAGGAACCGAAGAUAAAAGUUUUUUAUAAAAGCUGUUUGAUUUUUUUUUUAAUUGUUUAGUCAAUAGCAGGAUAACAGAAUAAUGUCAUAAUGAUGAAUAUUUUACUGCUUCGAAUUCGGGUACUAAUUAGUAAAAAUUAAACGCAUAUAACACGAAUAUCAAUGCUGAAUAGAUUUUGGAAGAAUAUGUGUAUUCUAAUUGCACUUCAUAUUUAGUUUAGGAUUUUUCCACUUACCUCUAAUGUUAUAACGAUACAUUUUAAUAAUAUAAUGAUGUAAAUGGUGCUAAUUAUAAUUCAGAUGCAGCUAAUCUAGGAUCAGGCCGACUUAAUUAUUAUACCUAAGAAAAUACUUCGAUUGCUUGUUAUUAGCAAGAUGUUUCACUUUGCUCAAAUUAUUAAGAAGAUCUAGCAAACUGUGAAGUUAUAAAAUUAAAUCUAGGAUGUGUCUUUUCUGCUAUCCUAUUAGUAUUAUCUAAUCUAUUUUUUAUAUAUAUUUUGUUUUGA